GCAGGCCUCCCGCGCUUCCAGGCGGUGCUGACCGGCGUGGCGGCGGGUGGCCCGUGGGUCGUUUUCCUGCUGCGGCUGUCGCCGCUGGUUCCCUUCAACCUGCUCAACUACGGGCUGGGACUGACCCCGGUGGGGCUGCUGCCGUACGUCGCCGCCUCCUGGGCGGGCAUGCUGCCGGGCACCUUCGCGUACGUGUACCUGGGGGGCGCGGGGCGGGCGGCGGUGGACGCGGCGACCGGGGGCGGCUCCGAGCUGCAGAUGAGCCAGCUGGUCCUGUACGGUGUGGGGGCUGUGGCGACCGUCUUGGCCACUCGGGCCAUCAGCAGCGCCGCAAGUAAAGUGUUGGAGCAGAAAGAUGGCAGCUAGAGGAGCCAUUGGGGAGACGGGUUGGUACCGGGCCUGCCCGAGGGUCCAGGGCGGGCUUGCCUGACAGCAACGACUUUGUGGUGACACCUAGUGGGCGAACAUGUGGUCCAUCUAUGGUGGUCCUGUUCUGGCCCGUGAAGUACUGGGGAGCGCAGUUCCGGUCGGUAUUGCCCCAUACUUAUGUAAGGAUGCGGCUUACACUUGGCGUAGGUUCCAUCCACAGUCCCCAUUAUACCAAUUGAGGGAGUUGGGACAACG